UGUUUGCUCCACGCUUUCGUGACUACCGGUCAGUCUCGCACUGCUAUCUCAUUUCCCGACACGCGAUAUCAUGCGAUAAUUGUAUGAAACCAGUAACCUCAUUCGCACAAUACUCGAUCACGUAUCGGCGGCCCUCUUCCAGCUCAUAAGCUUAAUAGCUUGCUGCUUCGCCCAACCUGUAUCUCCAUCACUUUCUUCUUGUCAUAUUUCUCUUGUGCUUCUCAUUCUAACCUUCCUCAACUCUCCUUCUAAUGUCUCGCGGCGCACCCAAGCCCCCACCACCACACAAACUUACUUUUGCCACCAACAGCGUGCGCAACACCACGUUCGCUGAGGACAACAAUAAGUUCUACUAUGAGAUCGUCACUCGAUUUUGGCACCCUCACCUCACCAAAAUCAAUAAAUACGACUAUGAGGCUCGUGUAGUCAACUGCGUUGCAGAGAUCGAGGAUCAACCUCAGAAGGAUGUGAAAGUCCGCUUCAACACUCCUGAUGCAGAAGGAGAGUGGGUGAGAGCUUGUGACUUUAUCAGGAAUGACGGUACAGCAAUUGGAGGUACCUUCGUCCACGAGGAUGGCACUGAGUACCGCUGGAAAACACCCAAACGCAAUUUACAACUCAUUAAGUCAGAUGACGAGGAAGAGGUCCCCGUCGCUGAAUAUCACCCGCAUAAACGACACUUUGGCGUCUGGCGCAUGUCGCAGCGGGCUUUCCUCGAAGUUAAGCCUGAAGCGUCUGCUGCUUUGGACAGGAUUGUUGUGAGCUAUCUUCUACUAGAAAGACGCAGGCGUCAAGCAAAGAUCAAAGUCAAGUUGGAGACAAAGUAAUUCACGCCGACAUCGCUUUCUCCUCUGUCGCAUAACAGUUACCGCAUCCUCCUGUGUCGUGCGAUUUCUUCCUAGUAAAGUCAAGGAGACUGCCAGCCUCUGGCAUCUCAUGACGGGACUUCCGCACAAGGAAACGUCGACGCUUCUGCAUUCUUCUAUUUGUUGAACCUUGGUCAUUCUAAGGGUUUCUUCGUUAUAAUAACUUUUCACUUAUGUGCUAUUUACUGCUUCUUGUUAAUCAAUUUAGAUUCAUGGUCAUAUAGAUUUCUUACUGGUUCAAAGGUGUACAUACAUUUUCGGGAGUAGGAUUGAGAUACGGCGCUAAAGCUCGCCAAAUUUAGAUGGAAGUAUGCGAAUUCGAAUCGUGGUCAUGCAUGAUGGCGUUAUACCU